AUGCUAUUGAGACGCUCAAGCUGUGCUUUCCAGACAAGCCUGUCGGCUUUGCGGUCCAAUCGAACACGACCUGGCCAUGUUCGACAACUAGCAACUGCGGCAUCGAGUGCAGAUGCAUCUAAUCUACCUCUUGCCGGCAUCAAAGUCCUUGACAUGACAAGAGUGCUCGCUGGACCGUAUUGCACGCAAAUACUAGGUGAUCUUGGAGCGGACGUGAUCAAAAUCGAACAUCCAACAAGGGGAGAUGACACACGAGCAUGGGGGCCGCCCUACGCCAAGUACACCGAUGAGCAAGAAGGGCCGGGAGAGAGUGCAUACUACCUGGGCGUCAAUCGCAACAAGCGGUCGAUAGGUCUGUCCUUCCAGCAUCCAGCUGGUGUAGACAUUCUACAUCGUCUGGUCAAGGAAUGUGACGUGCUCGUUGAGAACUACCUCCCGGGAUCUCUGGCAAAGUACGCCAUGGACUAUGACACCGUCUCAAAGAUCAAUCCGGGUAUCAUCUACGCCAGCAUCACAGGUUACGGACAGACUGGACCGUACAGAAACAGAGCAGGCUACGAUGUCAUGGUUGAAGCCGAAAUGGGUCUAAUGCAUAUAACUGGAGCUCGUGAUGGGCCACCUGUAAAAGUAGGCGUAGCAGUAACCGAUCUCACGACCGGUCUCUACACCUCCAACUCCAUCAUCGCUGCUCUCUUCCGGCGCCUGAGAAACCCAAGCAGCAAGGGCCAACAUAUCGACGUCGCCUUGUCAGAUUGCCAAGUUGCCACACUAGCAAAUAUCGCCAGCUCUUGCCUCAUUAGUGGGAAGCGCGACACUGGGCGCUGGGGGACCUCACACCCGUCGAUCGUACCGUAUAAAGCCUUCAAGACAUCUGACGGGGAUAUCCUGCUGGGAGGAGGUAACGAUAGACUGUAUGGUGUGCUAUGUAACAAGCUGGGAAAGCCUGAAUGGAUUAUUGAUGAUAGAUUCAAGACGAACGCGUUGAGGGUUCAACACAGGGAUGAAUUGGAGGAACUUAUUGAAAGAGAGACGAGAAAGAAGAGUACACAGGAGUUGCUAAACUUGCUAGAGGGAAGCGGAAUGCCAUACGCUGCUAUCAACGACGUACAGGAUACACUGAACCACGAACACGUCCUCGCAAGAGACAUGGUCAAGCAAGUAGAUCACCCAGCAUGCGGACCUAUCAAACUAGUCAACACGCCCGUGAAAUGGUCCGAUUCGACGCCUGGCAUACGUCUUCCUCCACCCACCCUGGGCCAGCAUACGGACGAGAUACUUGGUGAAACACUGGGUAUGAGUCAAGAAGAGGUGGAAGGUCUGCGCAGUGGAGGAGUUGUCGCAUAG